AUGAUGGCUAUUGACCAGAUACCAAAAAAGAACUGGUACAGCAUUCGAGGUGCAGGCCCAUCUGCAAGUGUGUCCAACUUAAAACAAAAAUAUCAGAAGCUCAUUUUAAUACUAUCUCUCCAGCAAUAUCAUCCAGACAAACAAAGUGUAGAUUUGCCAACAGGAACAAUGGAGGAAUGCUUUAAAAAGUUCAUCGAAAUUGAUCAGGCAUGGAAGAUUCUAGGGAAUGAAGAGACAAAAAAAGAGUAUGACCUGCAGUGGCAUGAAGAUGACCUAAGAAAUAUUGGACCAGUAGGUGCUCGGAUAUAUCUUGAAGAAAUGUCCUGGAAUGAAGAUGAUCACUCAUUUUUGCUGAGAUGCCGUUGCGGUGGAAAAUACAGCAUUUCCAAGGAUGAAGCAGAAGAAGUUAGCCUGAUUUCUUGUGACACAUGUUCAUUAAUUAUAGAGCUUCUUUAUUGUACCUGA